GGUGGGAAUGAGCACGUGGUGUACCUACUGCUAUAGAUAGUGCAGCCAGCUAUCGCCCCGAGUCAGUCCAGAACCAUGACGAUGACUACAUUGUGCGUCCUGCUGGGUGUUUUCGUUCUGGGGACGGAAGCUUUAUUGUUUGGAAAAUCAUCGGUUUGUUAUGGUGACUUGGGAUGUUUCUCCAGGGACAAUGGUUUCGACAACACGUUUGGAGAGCUACCGGAUUCGCCUGAUGAAGUGAAAGUUACUCUGACCUUGUACACAAGAAAAAGUAAAGGUCAAGGCCAAAUAUUAGACUACAAAAAUGUAUCCAGUUUUAUAAACAGUCUAUAUGAUGUUAAAGAGAAAACAAAAAUAAUUGUACAUGGAUAUCUCAGCGAGGCAGAUAAGCCUUGGGUGACAAAUUCCACCAAGUACCUUCUUCGCCUGGACAACUUCAAUGUAAUCACAGUAGACUGGAAGUCAGGAGCUCAUAAGUUCUAUCCCAAAUCAGCAGCAAACACUCGACUGGUGGGUGCCAUAAUUGCAAAGGCAGUUGAAAUUGCACGUGACAUGAUGGGAGCAAAGAUGGCGGACGUGCAUCUGAUGGGGCACAGUCUUGGUUCUCACAUCAGCGGCUACGUCGGGUCACGUGUCGAGGGCAUUGGAAGAAUCUCAGGGCUGGACCCUGCCGGACCAUUAUUUGAAGGAACUGAUCCUGCGGUUCGUCUGGACCCGACUGAUGCCAUCUAUGUUGACAACAUCCACACCGAUGGCGCACCUCUCUAUGACGCAGGAUUGGGAACAAUGUCGGCCUGGGGUCACGUGGACUUCUACCCUAAUGGCGGCGGGCACCAACCCGGAUGUCCCCCUGCAGUCUCGCAUGGACUGCUGGACGCUGUAGAGUUCAAGUUUAAGGAAGUGCCUGAAGCUGUUUCCUGCAGCCACCUUCAGUCACACGAAUACUGGGUUGCCUCCCUUGCCGACACAAGCUGCGACUUCACUGCGCAUCCAUGUGCGUCAUACAAGGACUUCACGGAAGGCUCGUGCAGCACCUGUGGUUCCGGCACGUGCCCACAGAUGGGCUAUUUCUCCGACAGGGCCAACAGACAGGGCAAGUUCUACCUCACAACAGAGAGCACAUACCCCUAUUGCCAUUCGUCAUAGACAGUUGCAGUAAUCCGCCGCUUAAAAAUACUUUUGCAGCAUUAUGGAACGUGAUAACAAGACAACCAAAUCUUGCUUGUGGAUUACGAGAAAUAUCUUUACAUGCUUGCCCUGUAUUGAAUUUGAAUGAAACUAGCUUUGUGGUGCA